UGUAGCUUAACGUACAGUGACUGCUGAGCGUUGCAUGCAAAUAUAUUCAACCAGUUCAACAGGUAUAAUAAUGGUGGUGCCAGAACGCGAAACUUGGAUCGGCAAGUUUGAUUUUCUUCUUGCCUUGAUUGGUGCCUCGGUCGGACUUGGGAACAUUUGGCGCUUCCCAUACUUGUGUUAUAAGAACGGAGGAGGAUGUUUCCUUAUACCUUACCUAGUGUGUGUGAUAGCUGCUGGUGUUCCAUUACUGGUCAUGGAGAUCAGUUUGGGGCAGUUGAUGAGUCAGGGGGGAGUCAACGCAUGGGCGAUUUGCCCAAUAUUGCAAGGCAUAGGAUAUGCGUCUAAUUUGAUCAACUUUUACUUGAUCAUCUAUUACGCGAUAAUAUUGGCCUGGGCGAUCCUUUUCAUGUUUUAUUCCUUCACCGACAAACUUCCCUGGUCUCACUGCGAUAAUGACUGGAAUACCGCUGCGUGUUACCUCGGCAAGAAAAUGAUUCCAGUGAAUGAAAGUCUGAAUGGAACAGUCAACUACACCGUUAGAUACGUGGAAGACAACAACACCAAGUCUCCUGCUAUUGAGUUUUGGGAAAACCAGGUGCUCGAUGUCUCUGAAGGGCUUGGAGAAGUCGGCAAGAUUAAUUGGCAGAUGGCUUUGUGUUUGUUGCUUGCCUGGGUGAUUUUGUAUUUCUGUGUGUGGAAAGGAGUAAGAUCAACUGGAAGGGUGGUUUACUUCACCGCCACAUUCCCGUACUUAUUUAUAACCAUCCUUCUCAUCCGUGCUGUUACUCUACCCGGAGCUGUGACUGGUAUAAAGUACUAUCUUGUCCCUGAUUGGUCAAAAUUAUUGCAAGGCCAGGUGUGGCUAGACGCAGCAACACAAGUAUUUUACUCCUAUACAAUCGGCAUGGGAGUGUUGAUCGCUCUUGGAAGCUACAACAACUUCAAAAAUAAUUGCUACAGGGAUUGUAUCAUCUUCGCAUGUGUUAACAGCGGAACUAGUUUCUAUGCCGGGUUUGUCAUCUUUUCCGUUCUUGGUUUUAUGGCUGAGAAACAAGGAGUUGGUAUUGGAGAUGUUGCCGAAUCAGGUCCUGUUUCCUGUUUUUUUUUAUACCGACAUAUUUGCAUAUUAAUGCUGCCUUCCAACAUGGUUGCUACAAAGAUCUUCUAUUGUGUAGUAACUUACUUGUUUCUUUUACAGUUUGUUGCUGUAGAAGGCUUUGUCACAGCGGUGUCGGAUAUGUUCCCACGAUUCCUUCGUGGCGGAUAUCGCAAGGAAUUGUUCAUAUUUGGAUUCUGUAUCGUGUGGUAUCUUCUGGGAUUGACAAUGGUUACCCAGGGGGGCAUUUAUGUGCUGCAGCUGUUUGAUUCCUAUGCGGUCAGCGGAACUGCUAUUCUUUGGGUGGCUUUGUUCCAGUGUAUUGCCAUUGGUUGGAUAUACGGUGCUGAACGGUUUUAUGAGAACAUGGAACGAAUGAUUGGCUUUCGUAUCAAUCCAUGGCUGAAAGUCUGCUGGAUUUUUAUCACACCUGCUUUCUCACUGGGUAUCUUCAUCUUCACCAUCGUGACGUACAAGCCUUUAGUUUACAACAAGGUGUACAGUUAUCCCACAUGGGGUGAAGCAAUCGGUUGGUGUAUGGCCUUCUCGUCCAUUUCCUGUGUACCAAUCUGCGCCGUUAUUAAAAUCAUGAAGGAAAAAGGAAACAUUCUUGAUCGUAUCCGCACCCUGAUGAUGCCUGUUCUUCCACCAGAACGUGGCUUGACUAAAGAAGAUGAGGAAUGUCCUUUAAAGACAACCCAAGAAAACGAUACUAAAUUGUAAUCUAAAAAAAUAUCAAAGAAAAAAAAUCCAAAUUGACUACAACCAUAAGUUGAAGUCCAUCCUGCUUUUACAUAUUUUAGCUAAAAAGAUAAAAAUAACAAUAAAUAAAAAUUACACUUUCCCCCUU